AUGCCUCCUCUCGUCCGCCGUCAUCCUCCCUCCAUCAGCCGUCGUCAAACCCCCUGGUUCGUCCGCGGCAAACUCUACGCCGCUGGUUUCAUGAGCCUAUGGAUUAUGCCCCAUCUCCCACGCCCCGUCUCGCCCAUCACCGGCUGGCGCAACCUCUCACGUUCCCAGCUCCAGCAGGGUUUCGUCUUCAUCAUCUUCGCCGACAAUGUAACUGCCUCGAUGCUAGAGCUUUCAGCGCAUGUGUUCGAGGGUGCGAGUGUUCAGGUCAUGGUGGAGGAGCAUGAGGAUGCUGAUGGGGUGAAGGUGCAGUGGCUCAUGUAUCCCGAGGGAUAUGAUGUUGAUUCGAUCCCUGAUUACUAUUGA